CGUGGGUGUUUAUCUAAUGUACUUUUGCUUUACGCGAUCUGCUUCUGUCAUGGACACUAGAUUUAUUAGCUAGCACAACAGAACAACACGUUCAGUUUCAUAGACCUUGUUUUAUUUUUAAUUAAUGAUCCCGGAAGUGCGAUUAUCAUGCGUGAAUAUGGGUCUGCGCGCCUUCAUUGGGCCGAUCAUAUCGUUUCAACAGGUUUGGCGAAAGUAAUUUAACGUGUGCGUGCACGGGGUUAACAGUUCCAACAGGACCAGUACGCUGAUCGGACUGGAAACCACAACAAACAUCCGCACGGGCAGUUUGGAACGCGCCAGAGCGCACUUGGCACCGAAAGGGAGUUGCUGUCGAUGGAAAGUUCAUCAGUGUUUUUCUUUCGUCUGUCGCUAAAGCAAAGAUAUCUCCUCCUGCUCUGCUUGGCCGUCGGAGCCAUAGUUGCGUAUCGAUUCACGAGGAAUCACAGAGAAGAUAGAAAAAUGCAACGUUUGGAGGGUCUGAGGGCCAACUCGUCGGAGUUCACUCUGGAGACAAAACCCUUCCGCAUCCUGGGAGGCUCCAUCCAUUACUUCCGUGUCCCCAGAGCCUACUGGAGGGAUCGGCUGCUGAAGAUGAAGGCCUGUGGCCUCAAUACUCUCACAACGUAUGUCCCAUGGAACCUCCAUGAGGCUGAGCGAGGCUUGUUCAGUUUUGAGGAUCAGCUGGAUCUGGAGGAGUACCUCCGCCUGGCUGCCAGCUUGGGCUUGUGGGUGAUCCUGCGUCCAGGGCCGUACAUCUGUGCAGAGUGGGACCUGGGGGGUCUGCCGAGUUGGCUGUUACGGGAUCCAAACAUGAAGCUCAGGACGACCUACCCAGGAUUUACCAAUGCAGUCACCUCUUUCUUUGAUCACCUCAUGAGGAGGGUUGUUCCUCAUCAGUACUCCAAGGGUGGCCCAAUUAUCGCACUUCAAGUGGAAAAUGAAUAUGGCGCCUAUGCUCGAGAUAAAGAUUACAUGUCCUUCAUUAAGGAGGCGUUAUUGUCUAGAGGUAUCACAGAGCUGCUGCUGACCUCAGACAACAAGGAGGGACUAAAGCUGGGAGGAGUGAAAGGAGCUCUUGAAACCAUCAAUUUUCAAAAACUGAACCCAGAUGACAUCACGUAUCUGGAUGCAGUACACCCACAGAAGCCUAAGAUGGUGAUGGAGUACUGGUCUGGCUGGUUUGACCUUUGGGGGAACCUUCACCACGUGUACGCAGCUGAGGACAUGAUACCUGUGGUGAGUGACAUUCUCCAACGGGGCAUGUCCAUCAACCUCUACAUGUUCCACGGCGGCACCACCUUUGGCUUCAUGAACGGGGCUUUUGCCGUUGACCUGCCGGCACCUAAACCUAUGGUUACAAGUUACGAUUACGAUGCUCCAUUAUCCGAGGCUGGGGAUUACACCACCAAGUACCAUCUUCUAAGGAAUGUAUUCAGCCCCUACCACACGCAGCCUCUGCCUGACCUGCCGCCUGUUUCGGAGAGGAGAGCGUACCUGCCCGUUGUCAUCGAGCAGCACCUGCCUCUGUGGGACGUGCUGCACUUCACUGACAAGCCUUUGAAGUCGGAGCGGCCGGUGAACAUGGAGAACCUCCACGUCAACAACGGCAACGGGCAGUCGUACGGCUACACGCUGUACGAGACCUCCAUCAGCAGCGGAGGAGCCCUGAGCUCAAAGAACAGCAUCAGAGACAGAGCGCUGGUUUUUGUGGACAAACACUUUGUUGGUGUUCUGGAUUAUAAGAUACAAGAGCUCGCACUCCCCGAUGGGAAGGGGAAAAGAACUCUAGGUUUGCUGGUGGAGAACUGUGGAAGAGUGAAUUUUGGCAAAACUCUGGAUGAGCAGCGCAAAGGUCUGGUUGGAGAUAUCGAAUUAAACAAGCAGCUCCUUCGAGACUUCAUUAUUCAUAGCCUGGAUAUGAAGCCAGGCUUUGUCAACAGGCUCGCUGGUUCCGGCCGCUGGAUGAGCCCGCGUCAGCAGCCCUCCUUCCCCGGCUUCUUCCGGGCCAAGCUCUACGUGAACAGCCCUCCCACAGACACGUUCAUCAAACUCCCCGGCUGGAGUAAAGGCGUCGUGUUCGUCAACGGGCGGAACCUGGGCCGAUACUGGUCCAUCGGCCCCCAGCAAACGCUCUACGUGCCGGGUCCCUGGCUUCACCGAGGGGACAACCAGGUCGUGGUGUUCGAAGAGCAGGAGACGGACGGUAAGAUCCAGUUCAGCAGCGGCCCCGACUACGGCAUGACGGUGGACGUCUAAUGAGGCGAGAGAGAGAGAGCGGACGUCGCGUCCUCGACGCCAUCGCGUCCUCACGGACUCAAACGUGACCUUUUGUGUCAAUGUGAUCAGUGUAAUUAUCUUUCCAACAACAUUUUUUUUGACUAAUGACUAUUUUUACAUCAUUCUUCAACUUUAACGGACUCUAAAGCAGCUUAUUCGUGCCACCUUAGCGAUUUCCUGGCUCCUCGUCAACGUGUCACAUCUUCAGACAGAGGCGCGCACAAUAAAACAUCUCACUGGACACCGGA